AUGAUGAAAUCAUCAAUGGUUAGUACUGUGUACAAUGGCAAACUACCGUCGUUGUUGUUAUCGGAUCCUAAUGGGAUAUUCACAUGGUGUCCACAUUUGAACUUGAUAUUUGUGUCGAUGAACAAGACCUCGAUAUGGUGUUAUAGAAUCAAUGGGGAGAGAAUAUAUUCAAUUAAUAACAAAUCAUUUAUCAAAAACAUUGCAUUUCACAAUCAAUUCUUUUGUUUAUCUGGUGUGGAUAAUCUAAUCAAGUUUUAUAAUUCAAACAAUGGUCAAUUGGUUAAAGUAUUGGAUGAUGAAUUAUCGAAUGUAAAGUUUUUGCAAUGGAAUGAAACGGAGUUUGUGUUGCCGGUGCUGAACUUGCCCAAAGUGUAUGAUUUAGUCCAUGAUUUGAAUUAUUUGGUGAUCAAUGAUGAUAAGUCGUUGACAUUUAGUUUCAACCAGUUAUUGACGGUAAAGUAUGAAUGCGAUGUAACCAUUCAACAGCAAUUGGGAACGGAUUUGUUUGACCAGGUGUACUUGGCAGAUAAUAGUUUGGUCAAUGUCAAGUUUAAUGUGGAGAAUAAACAGAUGUAUACCCAGCAGAUUAUAAAAGUGUGCCAGUUGAUUAGUCUAGUGGAGUAUACUGAGAAACAUCUCAAAGAGUUGGAAGGGAUUGUUACUCCAUUUGUGCAAGCAUUAGACAGGUAUAUGUCGAACUUGAAGUCAGAGUGUAAAGACGACGACAUGGCGAUGUAUCUUACGGAUUUGUUGCUAACCAAUGUUGUUCCAGAAUUCUCCAAGGAUUUCUGGUUAAACCAGUAUGGGGAGAGGGGGUAUAAGAAGUUGAGUAAACUCUCUGGGGUGUAUGAGCUGGCAAUUAAAUUGACGUUCCAGCACUUGGUAUCAUCGAUGGAGAGAAUCAUUAUUGUGUUGUGUGAUUUGAUUGGGAUAUCGAAAUGGCAACAUGGAAUGAUGCCUGUGGUAGAGUUGGAGAAGUUGUUGGUGAUUGCCAAAGACCAGUUGAAGUUUUACUACAAGUUUAUUUGGGAUUUGCAAGCGGAGAAGUCGCAAUUUCAAGAGUUCCUAAACUGGACAAAAACUAUUAUUGAUAUGUUGAAUGACCAAGAGUAUGAGAUAAACUAUUCUACUACAAACGUGUUGACUUUUGUGACAAGUACUAUUGAGGAAUGUGCAAUUAUGAAGUAUUUUAGUCUUGAGUUGGACGUGGUGGGAAACAACAACAAGACGUUGAUGGAGAAUAGGAUUGUUUUGGAUAUGACCAGUGUAAGAGAGUACCACAAAGGAGUGAUUUCGCUUGAGAAGAUUACUUUGCUUGAUGUUCCUGAAUCUGCAACCAAUCUAAAGUUGGCCAAAUGGGAGGGGGAAAUUGUUAUAACGUAUAUACAAGAUUCUAAUUUGGUGAUUGCUAAUCUACAUAGUAUUGUGACUACAGUGCCACAUGUGGUGGCAUUUGAGCAUAGAGAGGGGGAUUUGGUAGCGUUGACAAGAACGGGGUCGUUGUUGAUUAUCAACUCGUCGUCGUGUAUACCAAUACCAUUACCAUCUAUGAGUUUUACACCUGCAAGUGUAAAGCUAAACGCGUCAUACGGAGUGCUACUAGAUUCAGCACGACAGAAUUAUUUAAUUUUCAAGGUUUAA